GAAAAGAUGAAGAAGAAGAGUACUACAGUGAUGAGAAGAUUCCGGCGUCUUCAAGGGGAAUGCCAUGGCUUCUGAUGAAAAGCUAUCCUGGAUAAAGGCUCAGUACACCAAGUAUAUACCUCUCCUGAAGCGAUCGAAAGAUGACAUUGCCAGAUCAGGUCGCACUUCAUCUGAAACCUACUCAGGCCUGGAGGACAGAUGUGAAGACACCGGUGAAGAGACCAUUCACCUUCCAGAAGAAGUGACCAAUUUUAAGUCUCAGCCAAGUGUUUUAAGAUAUUUCAUACAUCUCAGCAAAAAUGAUGAAGAACAGAUUAACUUUCAAACAAUUGACAAUCUCCUUGCCCAAGGCGCCAAUGUGAAUGAAGUGGACAGACAUGGACAGACAGUGAUGCAUGAGGUAUGUAAAAGCUGGCACACUGAAGUCGCGCAAUUCCUGAUCAAAAGACAUGCUGAUAUAAACAAGCCAGAUCGGUAUGGAGUCACCCCGCUGCACGUGGCAGCUGCAAUGGAUUACUCAGACAUGAUCGCUUUUUUAUUAAAGCAAGGAGCGAACAUUAGCGCAGUAACCAAUGGGAAGCAAACACCGCUGCAUUACGCCGCCAAAUAUGAUGCAGUCCAUUCUUUGAAAGUUCUUCUGAAGCAUGAUGCAGACACCAAUGCCCGAGAUCACAAGCAACGUACAGCUCUGCACCUGGCCUCAGAAUUAGAUCGCAGUGAAGCGGCGCGUCUAAUGUUAAACCUGAAAUGUGAUGCAAGUGUACAGGAUGAUACAGGACUGUCUUGCCUGACGAUGAUGGUAGUGAAUAUGCCUCCAGUGGCGACCCAGGCUUUGGAUCAAUUUCUUAUUAAGGAUCGCGCAAAUCGAAAGCAGCAUUUUUAUCUAAACCUUGUGGAGCCAUCAACCUCGGGUUUUAAAGAGACACAAGCCAAAUCUCCACUCGAAGUCAUUGUACAGUCCCGUCAGCUAGACAUUAUCAUGCAUCCAGUUAUCCAGAAAUUAAUUGAAGUAAAAUGGAGAUUUUUUGGCAGAAAGAAUAUCGCUAUAAUGCUGUCACUGAAUCUUCUAUUCAUCAUAUCGUGGACAGCUCUGGGAAUCGCAUCCUCGCUGCCAAGAACAGAGGAUGCCCCUUACAAAUUUCCAGAGGACGCUUGGAGGAUCAUUGUCAUUUGCAUAGCUCUGGGCUUGACAUUAUAUCAGAUUGUGGAGGAAUUUAAAGAAAUCUAUCAGUCAAAGGUCAAGAUGAAUCUAUGGAAAGAAUGGAGAAAAAAGGAGCUUGAGCGGGACUUCAAAUACUGCCAUCCAAUGUGGCCAGAGGAAAAGGAAUACUUGCAAAAGGGUAUAGACGACUUACAGUAUAUUCAGCCCGCUUACUUUAAAGAUUUCUGGAACGUCUUCGACUGGAUCGUGUACUUUCUACUCCUGGCUGUCAUCGUCACUCAUAUAGCUGACGUGAUUGUGAAAUCCAAUGCAGAUCUACAUGUUUCUCAUGUCCGAGUCUUUGCCGUCACUAUUAUCUUUCUCUGGCUGCGGCUGAUGAAACACGCUAGAGCCAUCCGUCUUCUUGGCCCGUUCAUUGUGAUGCUUGGAAAGAUUGUAACUGACGUCCUAAAAUUCCUGUAUCUCUAUGGAGAAUUUUACAUUCCCUACGCCUGUGCAUUCUGGAUCAUUUUUGGAGGUAAAGUACACAACAUGGCCACCGUACCGCAGAUGCUGUUCACUAUAUUCCGCAUGACGCUGGUUGACGACUAUAACUUUGGAGACAUGUACGCUGUUGAUCCCGUCAUGGCCUACAUUCUAUGUGGAACAUUCUUAGGAGUCUCUUCCAUCCUCUGUAUCAACUUGCUCAUUGCACUUCUUGCCGAUACAUUUCAAAGGGUCUACGAUAAUGCCACAGCAAACGCAGUCAUGCAACAGGCAACUAUGCUGCUACAGAUAGAGGAAGGCCUCAGCAAGAAGAAUAAGUCCAAGUUUGAUCAGUACAUGCGUACCAGCUGCGCCCCGCUGUCUCUCUUCUAUGAUGAUGACCUCACUAUUGAUCAAGAUGAUGAUCUGAAAAAAGUCACCAUGCAUAUUAGGGUAAGUUUCUGCACCCAACAAGUGCAAUGA